ACGUUUGACUGCUCGUGCAUCAGUCGUGUGCUCGUGCGCUGUUUCAUGCGGGCUUUAACUUCCCCACGCGCGAUGACUUUGUCCACUUAAAAGAUUCGCAUCGAUUGCAACUGGAUUAUAAUCGUCCAAAAGGGCAAAUCAUCGCAUGCAUUGCGUGCGCACAUGGCAGGAGUGUGUGGUAAGAGCGCCGUGUCGUUCUCCGUGCUCAAGCGCUCGUUCUCGCUGCGCGGCUCCCCGCGGUCGGUGCUCUCUGGCGGGCGGCGGAGCGCGCAGGAAGGGCGGCUGGUGGCUCGACCAGCACACCCGCUCAAGACUCACCGAUACCCCGCGUUUCUGUGCUUCUCUUGCCAGGACUCCAUGAGCGAAGCCCUGCGGACCUGCUACGCGUAUCUGAACCAGACGAGCCGGAGCUUCGCGGCGGUGAUUCAGGCCCUGGACGGAGAACUACGGCAUGCGGUGUGUAUAUUCUAUCUGGUUCUGCGAGCUCUGGACACGGUGGAGGACGACAUGACGAUCCCGCUGGAGAAGAAGGUCCCGUUACUGCUGGAGUUUCACACGUUCCUCUACGAGCCGGACUGGUGCUUCACCGACAGCAGGGAGAAACACAGACGGGUCCUGGAGGAUUUCCCCACGAUUUCAGUGGAGUUCAGGAAUUUGGGCCAGGCGUAUCGGGACGUUAUUUCAGAUAUUUGUCACCGGAUGGGUGUCGGGAUGGCAGAAUUCCUGGAGAAGAAAGUUGGAUCCAUGCAUGAGUGGGACGAGUACUGUCAUUACGUGGCGGGUCUGGUCGGGAUCGGACUGUCCCGUCUGUUCUCAGCGUCUCAGCUGGAAGAUCCUGAGGUGGGCCGGGACACAGAACUGGCGAACUCCAUGGGUCUGUUUCUCCAGAAGACCAACAUCAUCAGAGAUUACCUGGAGGACCAGCGGGAGGGACGAGCCUUCUGGCCGCAGGAGGCCUGGAGUCAGUUUGCAUCUCGUCUGGAAGAUUUUGCUCAGCCACAGAAUUUAAGCUCCGCCCUUUCCUGUCUCAACCUGCUGGUGACCGACGCCCUCCGUCACGUCCCUGAUGUCGUCACGUAUCUGUCCCGCCUCCGCAACCAGAGCGUCUUCAAUUUCUGCGCCGUCCCGCAGGUGAUGGCAAUAGCGACUCUUUCAGCAUGCUACAACAACCCUCACGUGUUCCAGGGUAUGGUGAAGAUCCGUAAGGGUCAGACGGUCACCCUCAUGAUGCAGGCCACAAACAUGAGCGCUGUUCAGAGUAUAAUCGCACAGUACAGUCAGGAGAUCCUGCAGAAAGUUUCCAUCACAGAUCCGUCCCGUGAAAAGACGCUUUGUAUCUUGAGUCUGAUCCGUGAGAAGAGUCUGUCUCCUGCCACGCUGUCGUCCCGAGCGCAUCAUUUCUCUCCGGUCUACGUGUCGGCCGUGAUGCUGUUGGCGGCUCUCAGCUGGCAGUACCUCAACGCCACGGCCGGACAGCCACCAGGUGCCGCCGAUGUGCAGGGACACUGAGACUGUACCUGAAUUUAUCUGAAUUCAGCUCAGCCCUACCGGGUCACGGACACACAGAGUGCCCUCCAUCUGCCCGGGCAACUGCAGCUGCCAGGCGAAGAAUGAAAAGGGAUUGUUUUUUAUUAUAAUUGAGUAAAUCUCACGAAAACAUGUCUGGAUUAUAUUUCACCUCAAAAUGAAAAUCUAAAUAAAUUAGAUUUUUAGGAGCAUUAAGUUUAUAUAUAUAUAUAUAUAUAUAUAUCAUAAUUAAGUAUAUUUUCCCCUUACAUUUGAAUGUUUCUGGAUGCUUUACUUUUUAUUACAGUAUUUUCACUGUUGGAUAAAAAAUCGGUUGUUUUAUUUAAAUCAGGAUACACAUAUACCAAAUAUAAAUACCAGCAAAAUACUCCCGAGUUGUAAGAAUAUAUUAAAUUUAAAUAUGUAAUUUUUUUUCACAUGACAGAAAUUAGAAUUUGGCGGUAAAAAUGGCUCAAAUUGUCAUGACAAUAAUGUCACAAUGCAAACAAAAAAAAAUCUUAAUGGUUCUAAAAUGGAAUGUUUUCUUUUAAAGGAAUAUUCCGGGUUUAUUAGAAGUUGAGCUCAAUCGACAGCAUUCAUGGCAACAACAAAAAAUAUUUCCUUUACAAUGGGAGUCAAUGGGAGUCACUUGGUUUAAUCUGUAAACAUUAAAAUACUCACUGUUUCAAAAGUAUAGACACAAGAUGUAAAUAAUAUGUGUGUUAACAUGAUUUUACUGUCAUAAAAUCACUUACCGAGUUUUAACAGAAGAAUUAAUGUAAGUGUUUUUAUAAAAUUAUAAGCGUCACAUUUCCGCCUUUAAACCCUCCAAAGAAUCGCCCCAUUGACUUCCAUUGUAAGUGUCUCACUGGAACACACAUUUGUGCUUUUAUUUGUUUUUUUAAAGAAAACGAGUCUGAAUGAACUUUGUGGUAAUCAACAUUAUGAUACAAACGCUGUCGAUUAAACUCAACUUGUAUUGAACCCGGAAUAUUCCUUAAAGUGAGACGUCUCUGAUGUUUUCGUGAGAUUCACUCGUCUCUGACGGCAGUUUUGUGAUGUUCAUUUGUGUUAUGGAGGUGUUUUCUUUGGUUCUGUUUGUUUGGAUUGUUCUGACGAAUCAUCCUCAACUUCAAGUGCACAUGCAGAAUAAUAAUCCCAGUAAUCAUAUCAAAUAUUUUACCCCAGAAAUUAUAUUUUGCAUUAAGAAAAUGAAGCCUAUUUUAGGAUCGUUACAUUCUUCCAUUGUGACAUUAUUUUCAUGACAAUUAAGCACAAUUUCAAUGUUAGUUUUUGUGAAUUUAAAAUUGUCCUGAAAAUAAUGUAACAAUGCAACACACUUUAAUGGUCCAAAAUGGCUUCAUUAACCUUUAUGCAAUAAAAAACCUUUAUUUUGAUAUUGUGGUGAAACGUGAGCUGGACGUGUUCUUGACAGGUUUUGUGAGAUUCACUCUUCUAGUUUUGCUGCUGAUCGUGAGCUCAUAUUGUUUGUUUUCAGAACAUAUAUGUGGAAAUGGGAAAUCACAGUGUUUUUAAAGUCUCGCACAACAUUGUUUCAUUGUUUGAAUAUUCAGUCACCGUAGAACUGAAGCCCAAAUGCUUCAUGUGUGACGUGCAUGAAUGCAGCGACUUCAGCAUGUGACCGUAAAGUGUCCUUAUAUUAUUGAGCUCUUCUGUGGAUAAAGGACUUUGUACAUAAACAUUGCUCUGGAAGGUAGAAUUUGAUUUGUAAAUACAUUUAGGGAUAAACAAUGUAUUAAAAAAAUAAUA